GACGACAUUGGUGGACGGUAAGGUUAAGACAGUGAGUGUUGCUGGAUUCGGAGUUGCGAUUUGCGAUGAGAUGGAUCAUUUGUUGUAUGAGAUGAAAGAAUCAUUUAGUGAUAAUCAGAUUAGUCGUAGAGGUGUAGAGAUUAUGGGACUGAUUCGUGGUUUAAGUGAAUCCUAUGAUUUGGGGAUCAGAAACGUUGUGGUUUAUUGCGAUGACCAUUGGAUAUACCAAUCUAUAAUUGGUAGAGGGAAGACUAAGAAGAAGAUUGACCAUCUUGUGGAAGAAGCUCAAAGCAUUCUAGAAAAAAUGGCUUGUAUUGACACUAUUUUGGUUGCCCGGAACGAUGUUAAGUUUGCGUUUAGGCUAGCAAGAGAGGCCAUAGCUUCUCAAAGCAGCAGUGUUGAUGUGAAGGCAGAACAAGGAAGAGUUUGUGGUAUUUGUCUUGAAGAAACUGAUGAGGAGCGCAUGUUCUUUACCGACAAAUGCCUUCACCGUCAUUGCUAUUCUUGUGUGAAACAGCAUGUGGAAGUGAAGCUGCUUAGCGGAAUUGAGCCUACAUGCCUUGAGUAUGGAUGCAAGUUUGUGCUCACCCUUGAAAGCUGUAGCAAGGUUUUGACGGCAAAGCUGAUUGAUAUGUGGAAACAUAAGAUGAAAGAGGAUUCGGUUCCCGCUGCCGAAAAAAUCUAUUGUCCAUAUCCAAGCUGCUCAAUGCUGAUGUCCAAAACCGAGCUUUCUAGUCAUGAAGACGAGCAAUCCAAUGUCAGGUCAUGUAUCAAAUGUUGUGGACUCUUCUGCAUUGAUUGCAAAGUACCAUCGCAUACUGAUUUGUCGUGUGAGGAUUACAAGAAACUUCACCCUGACCCUCUAGUAGAUGACUUGAAGCUACAGUCUCUCGCAAACAACAAUAUGUGGCGACAAUGUGUCAAGUGUAGGCACUUGAUUGAACUUUCUUCUGGCUGCAACCACAUGACUUGCCGAUGUGGAUAUGAGUUUUGUUACCAAUGCGGGAUUGAAUGGAAGGAAGACCAAAAACUUGCCCGUCCGGUUGCCAAGGUAUUGGUUAUGAUGAAGAUGACGACGAUGAUGAUAAUGACUCAGAACAUUCUUGUGAAGAGGAUAUGUGUGAAUGCUACUUCGACGACGAGGGUAACCGCUGGCAUGACUUCGAAGAUUUUCUACGACAAUGCGCAGGAACAGACGCUGAUCAUUGAUCCUGAUGUGGUACAAGAGUAUGAAGAUUUUACCACUGAAGAAGUGAAUGAUGAUGAUGGAAAUGAUUAUGUUUGGGAUGACUACGAUGGUUUUAAUAAUUCUGGAGGUGAAGGAGGCUUCUUCGAUGAGGACUUUUACAGAGAUUAUUAUACUCUUUAAUAUCUCUUUUGGAUCAACAACAUUCCAUCUUUUUUUAUUUGGCAAUUUUUCUCUUUCUUUAUGAUAUUUAAUUUGAGAGCUUUAAGACUUUUAA